CCCAUUUUCCCAUUUCCAAACGACAUCAUUGCCGCCAACGCUAUCUUUACACCUUUCCACCCGGCGCAACACCAUGGCUCCUCGAGGGAGAGCGCCCGUGGUGAGCGACAGUCCAGAUCGGAGCUACGAAUCAUCACCAGAUCCGCUCAAUGCAUCUAUCAAUUCCAGCACAUCUAAGGCGCGACCUGCGCGAAGGCGCAUGGCUCAAACACCUCUCGCUUCAACAUCUCCCAGCAAACAGAAUCGCCAGCCUAAUGUCUCUGAGCGGCUUAUGCACCUCUCUUCACCAUCCAAGUCUAUGGUCAUGAAUACCGGCAGGCCAGGCGGCGCGAGCCCGUGGCGCAUCAAGGUUACCGUCGAGGCGGAACCCGAGAACUCGUCGGACGUUGAAAACACAUCGCCCUCAGUGAGACAUGUGGAGCGCAGGACGACUACUACCGUGCCUUUAAAGGAUGGUGAUGCCUCAUCUCCGCCUAAGCGUCGGGGCAGACCCCGGAAAUCGGAUGUCGCAGGGAGCGCGAAGAGCAGGCGCGCGGGAACGCCUGUCAAGCCAAGGAGAAGGCGAUCGAGUGUGAAUGCAAGUAUGUCUGAGCCAACUGUGCUGGAACCGUCCAGUACAGCCUCACCCAAGAAAAGGCGAGGGCGACCGAGGAAGAAUGUGCAGCCGGAACCAGAAUCAGAACCACAACCGGAGCCAGACCAGGAACCUCAGCCUGACGGGGAAUCAGAAUACGAACCCAAUCACGAAACCGGGCUGGAACAUGAACAAGACGAGGACCCUGACGCGGAACAACUCGAACCAACCAAUAUUCCCUGCGCAGACGUUGACGAUGAUCACGCGGAUACGGAGAUUGCUGCAGAAACAACUGUAAUUCCACUCAUUGAAACAACAUUGGCCACACCACAAGGUACCCCUGUACCUGUGCCUGUACCUGUUCUCAAAUCCACAUCUCUGAUGCCUCCCCGGGAGCAGUUCAAACAGCGACCCCGAUCUUACGUUGAAGAGUAUGAGGAAGCAGUGAACUUCGGCACACCUCCUGAGACCGACCUGCGCAGGCGUUUGAAGGAACGGAAAGGCACACCUCAUUCCAAGGCGGCGAGGAAAUCAAUAAGCACAUCCGACGAUGAAAGCGCCAUCGAUACUCCAUCCGGCACAGACGAAGAGCAAGCACCGCUCGAAGUUGACGCCAGAGAUCAACAGAGACUGGCUCUCGAGGUGCAGUUGGAAACACUUCGAAGAGGAGGCCGUGACGAAAGUGCGAACGGAGAGAUUGAUACUUACGCAUUUGAUGAAGGCGAAACCCGCAUGCCGGAUGACACGACUCUCUGGGAGAGCGAGAAUUUCAGCAUGAUAUCAGUCGACUCGUUGCCAAGUUGCGGAGGCCUACUCAGUUCGAAUCAUCAGAAGUCUACAGGAACCCUGGCCACAGGUGCCACUCAUCCACUCACUACGUCUUAUCUUAAUAUCCCUGCCGCGAGCUCCUCCAAAUCUGCAGAAGUUUCAUCACAGCAGAAGCAGUACUCUCCUCUCCAACGGAAGACAUCGACAGUAGCCCCGCCGCCCGAGCAGCCACAGGAAAACUCACGAGAGCGACAUGAAACACCAGCUAUGGACCAACGUUCUCCGUCGCAACCACCGGCUUUGGAGCCAGCGCAGUUUGCUCCAUCGGAAUCACCGCAGAUGGACCGGGCAGUAACAGCAGGUGUCGCACUUCAGGGUCUGGUGGAUCCAUCGCGCGGAACGCCUCAGACGAAGAAUGCACAGGGAGGCAGCCUGGAAGACCUGUUCAGAGGAUUCAGCGAUGGAACAAGGAAGGAACUUCAAGCAGGGCUUAGGCUUGGACAGCAACUCGCAAUGCGCAGAGAAAACAACGAUUCGAGUCCUUUGUCUAGGUCGCCAAGACCCACUCUUCCAGAUGCAUCCGUCAAAUGUGCCUUUGUCAAGCACCCAGAGACCCGGCUGAUCACCCCAGAAAACCAAGAAGAUCAAAAUUCACAAUUACCUCCACCGGCUACUGACAAUGUAAAUGAUGAAUACCCCACGCUAGUUGUUGAGGAGCAACAAAACACCCAUCUUGUGAGCCCUGAGUUGAGCGACGACGAAAUGAGUUGGAGCAACAUAAUUGCGGCAGGUUCCGAGACUAUUGAGAUAAAGGGCGGUCGAACAUUGCUCACGGCAACUAACCCUCAAGGGGAGCAGAUUCGCGGCCCAGAUGUCUAUGUUGAAACCAGACAGAGCGAAACUGGACAAGUCGUCACUGCAUACCGAAGUAAUGGAGAGCAAAUCAUUGGGUCGGAAAUAUCGGUGGUUGCAGACGAGAGGGAGGAAGUAGAAGGACGAGACAAUGAACCCCAAAGCACAGUCACGGCGCAGGAGCAGGGCGAGGACUAUUCUGAUAUUUGGCAAGAGGAAGCGAGCAGGUCGAUGACCGAUGACGCGGGGAGUUCAGAGGUCCAAAACCGCAGAGGGCCAAACUCACGGAAAACGCGAAAGGGCAAGAGCAAGACACCGGACGCGCUACCCAAUGGUGGACCUAUCGAACCACCUCGGGCUAAGCUGCCACGAACGCGGCGGCCCAAGUUUCAGUAUAGCGACGAGGCCGAAGAAGAGCAGCAAGAACUGGAUGUCGCUUCUUCCCGUGUAAAAUCUGCUCAGGAGUCUACAAAGCAAAAUCAAAUGCAUCGUGCUGUUCAAGACAGUGCCAUGCGGGAUGUUGACGGUGGCGUCAGCGAAAUCAGUGAGCAGAGUGGUGUUUUCUUCCAUCCCGAAGUUUUGACCACACGUCCUGAGAGAGAGCGUAAGAUACAGCGCAUAGAAGAUGUGAGCAUGUCUCUGCUUCUGGAUGACGGGGAGGCAUCGGUUCCGGUCUCUUCUCCGGUACUACAGACACAGUCGUCCGGUGCAAGCAGAUAUCCCUCACCUAAAUCCCUUUCACCUGAGGGCAAGAUUUCAUCCAACCCUCCUGCUGUGGAUGAAAAAAAACAGGCAUCCUUACCAGCGGACGAGGGGCAAAGCCUGAAUCUGUCGUCACCAGCUCCCAUCAAUAGAACUCCGACUACGUCCAAGCCGAAUCCCUUCAAAGAUACCCCUCCACGAUUUACCCCUCGUCAAUUCACGCCGGCUCGGAGCAGCCCACUGAGACAGGAGCUUCGUGGAUCCGACGCAGAAAGCAGCUUCGACGAAUCGAGUCUCCCAGUAAGCUCGCCCUUCCGCACUCAGGUAGACAUGAGCAAUAUCUCCAUCGCGUCCCAUGAGCAACAGCUCCUGCAAGAAAUGGAAGGAGUGACCGACUCGAGCAUUGUUCGCGUGCGACGGGAGGCAGACGCUCGAGCUGAGGCUUAUGGAUCCCCAUAUCGUACGUUGCAUGAGAUUGAAGAAGUUACGGAAGUGUCGAGGAGUGAGAAAUUAUCGAUAGUGAUGCCCAGCUCGCCGCCUGUGCGCUUGUCAGAAGCAGCUGGGCAUAGCAGCGUUCUCGGCGACGGCACGCGCGAAUCUACGCUUCUGGACGAUGGGGAUAGCUUUAUGGCCGAGCCUAUGGACAGCAGUAUCUUGAACAGCAAGCGCAAGCACGUUCGAAUUGCUCUCGAGGAUGAGCGGACGCCCACCUCAUCAAGACGGAAAACAGCACGACAUGUUAGUCGUCCAGCGAAGAAAGUCCCCGUCAUUGCCUCCGCCCCGCAUGUUGAAGAAGACCCAACUAGCGGACGCUCAGGAUCAUCCUCAUCUUCCAGCGGCGGGAUCCUGAACCGCCUAGGCAGCACCCUACCCGGCACCCGUGGUACUUCUACAGCACAAGCCACCUCUCCAUCAUCAUCAUCACCCCGUCCGCCAACACACCCCGUAGCUUCACGCUUCGCCCCCGGUCUCCCCAAAGCCAACCCCUGGACAAAAACACACUACAAAACCCUCGAUACCCUCUUCCACCUCCACAGAAAGGACGCCACGCUCUUCGACCCUGUAUCCUCAGCCGUCAACGCCGCUCUGCUGGAUCACUUCCUCUCACAACCGGGAAACGACAAGUUCCUCGGUGCCAUAUACACCUCGUGGGGGUACAGCGUGACGAUUACGGAGCCAUUGGUUGUGAUUGCCGCCGUGUAUCUGUGUAAUAUCCUCGUCUUGAAGGACGGCGCGGAGUAUGAGAAACGGAGUGGGAGGGCUCUUGAGCGCGGUGAUGUUGGUCCUGGUAGGGCUGGAGCGAGGAUCACGGCCGAGGCGGUUAUGGAGCGGUUGGCGACGGUGGUGAUGGGGCGGGCGUUGAGGAGGGAUGAGAGGAGGGGGGUCAAGGUGAGAAAGGAGGGGAGGUUGCAGGUUGUGUGGGCUGGGGAGAGCAGUUUGAUGGGUGUGUAGGGAGUGAGAGGGAGGGGAUGUCGUUUGUUCGUUUCGGUCUUUGGGG